AUGGGCUGCUCAGGGCAGGGUCGCAAGCAUGCGGAGGUGCGACCCGAACAGAAAUGGGAUUACAUUAGUCUCAAGGACUUCAAGUCGGGCUCGUGUCUUACGGUCAUGGCCUAUGGCUACCUUUUCCUCUCUCUUCUGCUGUCCAUUGCGGUCUACGGUGUCGAUACCUUCACAGCCGUCAACCUUCUCGUCUUCGACAAGUGGUCAGGGGCCAUUGCACCGACCCAGCUCGUCCCGUUCGACGUUUCCAAGUGGAUCUUCUCUAUCUGUAUCAUUGCCUCGUUCAUCAAUCUGGGAUUUGAGCACAUCCGUGCCAUGCGAAUCAUGAAGCGGGGUAGUGUUGCCGAGUGUUAUCUCGACAACUUGGCUGUGCGGCUCGAGAGUUCUCGCAUGGGCAAAGGUCAAGGAUGGAGGCGUUUCCUUGUCUUCGCCGAGCUUACUAAGUCGAAGAAGGGCGCUGAGUACAUUGCGCUAUUCACCUACUUCAGUUUCCAGUCCUGGAUCCGUGUCAUCUUCUGCUCUGGCCCGCGACAGGCUGUGAAUGCACUGACUCUGUACGCCGUUUAUAGUUCGGCGCUCAUUCCUGCCGAUGGCGGGUCAGUCGAUAAGACCCUUCUGAACUUCUUUGGCAAGAUCGAGACGCUCGCCGCCGAAGACAUUCAGCAAGCCCUCAUUCUCUCGGGUAUGCUGUUCACCCUUGUUAUUUGGAUUUUCGGUGCAAUUUCUCUUCUCCUGGCCGCCAUGUUUUAUGUCUUCUUCCUGUGGCACUACAUCCCGAGACAGGAUGGUGGGUUGUCGGGGUACUGCGAACGGAAGAUUAACAAGCGAUUGAUGAAGAUCGUUUCCGCCAAGGUCAACAAAGCCAUCGCCAAGGAGGAGCGGGAUCGCGCCAGGGCGGAACGGAAGGCUGCAAUGAAGAAUGGCGAGAAACUGCCCGUCGGGCGUCAAGCAACGCUGCCGACCUUUAUGGAUGCCGGAAAGGACGACAAGUUACCUGAUAUGCCUAUGCUCAACCGCACCGACACCAUGGGUACACUGCCUCCUUACACCUCGCGCCCCGGAACGCCGGGCAGCAUUGAAUUGAGUUCGUUCGAUCAGAAGCGACCGUUGCCUACGCGACAAGGUACGAUGAACACAAUGGCCUCGCAGAGCAGCUUCUCGUCUCGCGCUCCUCUUGUGGGUGGAGCUUCUCCGAUGGGCAUGGAUCGAUCUGCAUCUCCAGCUCCUACGCUACCACAGAUAGACAUGAGCAACUACCCGCCGGUCAGACCCGGAACGGCCCAGUCGAAUCGGAGCUUCGCUGGGGGUCCCCAGAUGCCACCCCUGCAUCGCGUCCAGACUAGUGUUGGGUCCAGCUUUGGGGCAUUCCACACGGCAAGCCCAUCGACUUACUCGCCCGACUCUCUGCCUGCCAUGCCGGAACGCAUUCUGUCACCCGCACCGCAAGGUAGCAUGGACAGCUACAACCGACCAAUGCCGAGAGCUGUCAACCAGUUAGGCGGACGACCACAAAUGUAUGACAACAACGGGCGUUCUAGUACGGCACCGUCGAUGCCCAGGUCGGUCGAUCAAUUCAGUGGGCGUCCUGGGCCUCCUGGCCGACCAAUGUACGACGACAACAUGAGUGUGCGGGAUGGGCGCUCUAGUCCAGCACCAUCUACCUACUCGAGUCGCGGCCCACCAGCAAAUGGACCUGGCUAUAACGGCCCGUCUUUCCCGCCUCCUAUGCGGAGUGCUACGAACCCGAUGCCUUCCCCACAAAGACAGCACUUCGGCGGCCCGCCACAGCGCAACAUGACGGCGCCAAUGCCCAUGCCCAUGCAGCAACGGCAACCGGAAAAUUACUAUGCUCCUCCGGCGCGUCCCGGGACUGCUUCUAGUCAGCGUAGCUUGACUCGACCUAGCUACGGCUACGGCUACAAUGGUGAUGUGGAAGCCCAAAGGGGACCGCAAUACUGA